AUGACUCUUCCCGUAACCGUUCAGCAAAUUUCUCUUCCACGACAACCAACACAGGAAGAUGACCUCCGAAGAUUGUUACUGGAUCACAGUGAUACCAAUCAUAGUAUUCACCACUCUCAGCCCUUAUCAAAUAAUAGCACACGAGAGGAAUUAGUUUCCUCCAUACGGGUGUCGGCGCAACAACCUAAUUCGCCGUCCAUGAUCAUCUACUCGUGUCCUCACCGAGUGAACGUAAAAUUUGUUUUUGCAGAAGAGAAUGAUAGGCAGCAUAUGGUUGAACAUGUAAAGCUUUUUGUUUCAUCGGAACACUUGUUAUUGCUUUCCGAUACGUUGACUGCCUACAAGAUACAUUUCAGAGACAUUUUGAUGCAUGGUGUUCAACAAUCUCCAACUCUGUGCAUGUAUUGUCAAUUAUCAACGAUGGAAAGUGGCCAAAGCGGCCUUGCAGGAUCCUCUGAAGAAGAAGAUUUCAAUGAUGAUGAUGUGUGUGAAAUGAUUAUUACCGUGGCAACAACAGCAUCUCAACAACAACAAGAGGAUUCAUCUCUAGAAUCAUCACAUGAGCAACAACUCAAUCAAAUGUAUCAGGACAUGUAUCGAGCCUUCUCCAUAGCAGCAGAAAAUGUACCUCUCGAUGCCAACCAUACCGAAAAUGAACAUCUCAAUUCAAUGAUGAAUGACAUUAAUCUUGACGAUAAAUUGUGCAUGAAUUCGGAUGGCUGGGUAUACAAUAUUGAAGAAAUGAGAAGAGCUGUCCUCGUCAGAGAUCGAACAGAACGAGAGGAACAUGAUGGUGAAUUGAACUCUGCUGAUAAUGACCUGGAUGAUGAGGAUGAAUGGGAAGACGUAGACGACGAAGAACUUGACAAUAAAAAGAAGAAAAUUCUCUAA